AUGCUGGCCAACUCUUUCCAUCCCUGCGCUCACACCGGCGCAGAAUAUGGAAAUGAAGGCUUCUUGUUACCGCAACAACCUCUGGAGAAGGGUCCAAUAUUUGAUCCCCUCAGCACAAAAGAACCGCUGGCCGACUACAGCCCUGAAUUCUGUGAACAGAAUUACACUCGUGAGGAUGACCCCCAUCACGAGGUUUUUUGUCCGUCCCAGGAUCCUACUGGAUUACGCGACCCUUACCUAUACCCUACAUUGACACGAAAUGAGCGGCUACGGUUGACGAUGCUCUGGUACUAUACCAGGGAUCUCGCCGAGGAUACUGCCGCCUUGCAGAAAAUGCGGACGAAGCUCGACAUAGUAAAAAGCGUCAUCGGCUGGGAGUUUGCCAUCAUCGGCAUUCUCGAGAAUGACAUUUUCCGCAGGCUCGUCACCGCAGGAAUUCCAUUGGCGCACGUGCCCAGAAGAGAGAGUACUUGCUCGCAUACCAUCCAACAAUCACCUGGUUCCGUUUUCUUCAUUCCCGACAUGUCUGUAGACCCAAGAUUUCGAGAAUCGCCGCCCGUCAGCAAAGGUGGCCUGAAGAUGUAUGCUGGAACACAGCUGCGAUGUCAGGCGGACGAUGGGGAGGUAAUCGCGCUCGGUUCCUUGUGUGUUGCAUCAAGCACGCUCGGACCCGGUCUCACACAAACACAACUCACAACAUUGGUGACCUUCGCGGACAUGCUCACCCAAGAUAUCAUCAGCGCUUCGCGACGUAAGCGCGCCAAGCAGCAAGAGCAGAACGACCUCCUACUUCGCCUAGCAGCCUCUAGCGGCUCCAGUGACCAGGCGGAGCAAAUUGUAAUGGACAUUUUGAGACAGGUGUUUCCAGAAGCGCAGAUCGGGCUUACAUCGAUUGGUGCUCACGGUGCUCGCAUAUACGACCAUGGCCCGCUUAUCGUACCCCCUAAAGACCAGAGCGCCAUCUGGGAAGAUGACGAAUACAUAAAUAAAUCGAUUCGAACGAACAACCAUGAGCGAUUGAAGGCUUCCCAACCCAUCCGAGCCAUCAUAGCCAAGCUGCCAGAACGACCAUUGGCAACCGCUCUCGUCGUCGCGACGAAUGACAUCACCUACAUCUUUGACGAUAUUGAUAUCCGCUUCACAACUAGCUGUGCAAAUCUUCUCACCAGCAUCAGGCAAGAAAAGGCGUUGCAGAUUGCGCUUCGAGCUCGAGAUCAAUUCAUGCGGGGCAUAACACAUCAAUUGCGCACACCUAUACAUGGUAUUCUCGGAUCGCUCGAUUUGCUUAUAGCUGAUCUCACCGCCCAAAGUGAGCGAGACUUUUCCACCCUCUCCAUCACCGAGGAUCAACCUAAAUCGGGGAGGUAUCAUGAGACCCUAAGCAUUAUCAGAAGUUCUGCGCGAGAGCUUAUGUCAACUGUCAACAACGCAAUCAAAUACAACCGAUUGACGGAGACCAGUGACAUCACAAGAAAGGUAUUGCCCGACAAGUUAAACAAAGUUGAAUCAGAUCUUCUAGAUGCCAUCGUUGGUUACGUUUCCGAAGGGCAUCUCGAUCGCCUACUCGUAUUCUUCCGGAAUCGCCUGCCUGCCGAAGUGGAACUUACAAUGAUCGACAUGGCCUCUUUGGUUGAAUGCCUUCAAUCUUUGGUUCUCAAUGCUUUGCAAAAUACAACUCGGGGGAGCAUCGCAAUAACUACGACUGCCUCGCCAGACUUCUCAUGCAUCUACUUCGAUGUCGAAGAUACGGGAUGCGGGAUAGCGGCGGCCGAUCAACAACGCAUCUUUUACGCCUACGAGAAAAUCAAUGUGCACAGCACGGGUGUCGGUCUCGGACUACCGCUGGCAUGCAAGAUGGCCGAAGUUAUGGAAGGCCGUGUCACAUUGGUAUCGUCAGAGUCAGGCAAAGGCUCACAUUUUCGGGUUGAAUUGCAAAAUCCACUUCUGCUUUGCCCUAUCACGAGACCACGACAUCUGGACGAAAGGCUCAACAUUGGGAUCAGCAAGUUUUGUGUUCUUGCCGCGGAGUCGUCCUCAGCUGUGGUAGAGCAUCUUAAGUCAUUCCUGGUCUCACGAGGACUUCAAGAGUCGACUGAAAUAUCGGAAUCACUUGCGGUCGUGAUGACGGCAAACUCCUGCGACGAAUUCAACCAAUUGCUUGAACAAGCCUCCAAGUCCAUCAUGAGCGUUGCCCUGAUCCCGGCAGAAAUGUACCAGCCAUCCUUGACCCUCGUCCAUGCGACCACUCUCUUCUUCUCCGGGCCAUUCACCUCCCGAAAACUCGAGCAUAUCCUGGUCCAGGCCAGCGAUGAAGUCGCUCUCCGCAAAGCCCAAGCUGCGAAAGUAGCAGCAGACGCGCAGGCGGCGCAAAGCGAGGACGGACUAACACCACGUAAUCACUCGUGUAACUCGGACGGGCCCAUUCGACCGCACAGUCCGAAAUCGUGCUUGCUCGUGGACGACAAUGCGAUCAAUCUUCGCAUCGUGAGCAUGUACUGCGAAAAGCGCAAGUAUCCGUACUCGACCGCCGAGGACGGCCUACAGGCAAUCGACGCAUAUAAGACAGCCGCAGGUGGCGAGAACCCAGUCGAUCUCAUUCUGCUUGACUUGCAAAUGCCCAAUUGCGAUGGCAUUCAGGCAUGUCAGGAGAUUAGGGCAUUCGAAAGAAGCACAGGACUGCGUCCAGCGAUCAUUUUCAUCAUCACUGGACAAGACUCUGUGAGCGACAAAGAGAAGUGCUUCGCGGCAGGCAUCGACAAGUAUUUCGUGAAACCUCUACGAAUCAAGAAUCUAGAUGAUGGCGUUGCGGAAUUUUUCAAGACCACAUGA